GGACUUUGGAAAAGACAAGAAGCAGCAAGAGUUCACACUACCACAGUAUUUACAUAGACAAGCCCUAAUGCUUCAUGGAUAUGAAGCACGAAUUUUCAAACAUAUCCCCAAAAUAAUCUUUGUUUUAUGUGAACGCAUUUUACAAUUGUGCCAAUGUUGCACAUUAAGCAUUAAUUCUGAUGGUUCGAAUAUGUUCACCCGAUCCUUUCUUGUGGCAUCUUUGAAUAUGAAUUCAAGCUGCUUGGGUCUCUUGCACUCCAGUCGCUCUGGCUCAGCUGAAUCCACAAUAUCUAGU